AUGGCCGAGGCCGACGACGCCGCCGCCGCCCGCCGGCGCACCGUCACCACGGAGUACCGCAACAAGCUCCUCAACUGCCGCGAGCUAGAGACGAGGGUCCGCACAGGUAGGGAAAACCUAAAAAAGGCAAAGAAAGAUUACGAUAAAACUGAAGAUGAUUUGAAGUCCUUGCAGAGUGUGGGCCAAAUCAUUGGUGAAGUACUUCGACCAUUGGACAGUGAAAGAUUUAUCGUCAAAGCCAGUAGUGGCCCACGUUAUGUGGUUGGCUGCAGAAGCAAAGUUGACAAAGAAAAGCUGACAGCUGCAACACGAGUUGUCCUUGACAUGACAACAUUAACAAUAAUGCGCACUCUACCACGUGAGGUUGACCCCGUGGUCUAUAAUAUGCUACACGAAGACCCCGGCAAUGUCAGUUACUCAGCUGUAGGUGGACUGUCGGAUCAAAUAAGGGAGCUGCGGGAGUCCAUCGAGUUACCUCUUAUGAAUCCAGAAUUGUUUCUUCGCGUUGGGAUUAAACCACCAAAGGGUGUUCUGCUCUAUGGCCCACCUGGAACGGGAAAGACAUUGCUUGCUAGAGCCAUUGCUAGCAACAUCGAUGCUAACUUUUUGAAGAUCGUUUCAAGUGCUAUCAUUGACAAAUAUAUUGGUGAAAGUGCCCGUCUUAUAAGAGAAAUGUUUAACUAUGCACGUGAGCAUCAACCAUGUAUUAUUUUCAUGGAUGAGAUUGAUGCCAUUGGUGGCCGAAGAUUCAGUGAGGGCACUAGUGCAGAUCGUGAAAUACAACGGACAUUGAUGGAGCUCCUAAAUCAGUUGGAUGGAUUCGAUGAGCUCGGAAAGGUGAAGAUGAUCAUGGCGACGAACCGGCCUGAUGUCUUGGACCCUGCGCUCCUUCGUCCUGGACGCCUAGACCGGAAGAUAGAGAUUCCGCUGCCGAAUGAGCAAUCCAGGACCGAGGUCCUGAAAAUCCACGCUGCUGGUAUCGCCAAGCAUGGUGAAAUUGAUUAUGAGGCUGUGGUUAAGUUGGCCGAGGGCUUCAAUGGCGCCGAUCUUCGCAAUGUCUGCACUGAGGCUGGCAUGGCCGCCAUUCGAGCAGAGCGGGACUAUGUCAUCCACGAAGACUUCAUGAAGGCGGUGCGGAAGUUGAAUGACGCACUGUCUGUUUUCUUGUACCAUGGCGGAGUUUGUCACCCCCGGACCCGACGAUAUAGAACAUCAUGUGUUUCUACCUUUUAUAUGUUGUGGGACGACUGCCUUUGCCGCGCAAGUUGGAUGUAA